GAUCGAUAUACAGCCGCUGUCACAUACUUACCAGACUGUGAUGCUACAUUUCUCAAUUAAAAUAAAAGUGUACACACAGCAUUGCUCUACAUCUGGCAAAAAGAUAUAUCAUAAUAAACAACUUUAAAAUUCGAAAAAAAAUAAUAAAUCAAAUUACAAAUAACUGAUAAAUAAACCAAGAAACGUGUACAAAAACAUUUUCAUCACACCGUCUGGGAAGGAAUAACAAAUAAAUCAAGAAACGAAUAACAACUUGUGCAUUUCCAACGAAACAGAACAAUUACAUCGGAACAAAAAUGACGUGGGAACCGCAACACGAAGGACUGCAACAGAUCAUCACGAUUCUGAGGGAGUCGCAGUCACCAGACACUCAAACUCAAAGGGCCGUACAAAUGAAACUAGAGGAACUGAACCAAUACCCCGAUUUUAACAACUACCUCAUAUAUGUGCUAACGAAAUUGAAAUCAGAAGACGAACCAACAAGAUCUCUCAGCGGCCUAAUCCUCAAAAACAACAUUCGAACUCAUGGAAACACUUUGCAAUCGGAAAUCGUUGAAUACAUCAAGAACGAAUGUCUGCGUGCCGUUGGCGAUCCAUCACCACUGAUUCGGGCAACUGUUGGUAUUUUGAUUACAACAAUAGCGAGCAAAGGGGGUCUAACAAAUUGGCAGCAACUAUUACCAUCGCUGUGCGAAAUGUUAGAUUCACAGGAUUACAACAUAUGUGAAGGUGCGUUCGGGGCACUGCAGAAAAUCUGCGAAGAUUCAACUGAUGCUUUGGAUAGUGCUGCCUUGAACAGGCCAUUGAACGUUAUGAUUCCGAAAUUUUUGCAAUUCUUCACGCACACCAGCCCAAAGAUUCGGUCACAUGCUAUAGCUUGCAUAAAUCAGUUUAUUGUGAAUCGAACUCAGGCACUGAUGUUACACAUUGACACAUUCAUUGAAAAUUUGUUUCACUUGUCUACCGAUGAAGAUCAUGAAGUGCGGAAAAAUGUGUGCAGGGGCUUGGUGAUGUUGUUAGAGGUUCGCAUGGAUCGUCUCAUUCCACACAUGAAUCAAAUUAUCGAAUAUAUGUUGCUCAGAACACAGGAUCAGGAUGAGAGCGUAGCGCUUGAAGCCUCUGAAUUUUGGUUGACAUUGGCUGAGCAAACAAUCUGCAAGGAAGUUCUCACGCCGCAUUUACCUCGCUUAGCCCCAGUGCUGGUGCGUGGUAUGCGAUACUCUGAAAUCGAUAUCAUUUUGCUGAAGGGUGACGUUGAAGAAGACGAAAUGGUGCCCGAUCGUGAGGAGGACAUUCGCCCCAGAUUUCAUAAAUCGCGCACGCACACGGUAAAAUCAGGUGAGGAAAAUGGUGGCGAUCCCGAUGAUGAUGACGAUGACGACUGUGGUUUGGACGACGAUAACUCAUUAUCGGAAUGGAACCUACGAAAAUGCAGUGCUGCCGCCCUGGAUGUGUUGGCCAACGUGUUUAGAGACGAAUGUUUGCCGAUUGUUUUACCAAUUUUAAAGGAAACUCUUUCCCAUCCGGAGUGGGAGAUAAAGGAAAGUGGCAUUUUAGCAUUAGGAGCAAUAGCCGAGGGAUGUAUGUCGGGAAUGAUAACCCACUUGCCGGACUUGAUUCCGUAUUUGAUCACUAGUUUAUCUGAUAAGAAAGCACUGGUUCGCUCAAUUACAUGUUGGACUUUGUCAAGAUAUGCUCACUGGGUGGUCAAUCAACCACAUGAACGUUAUUUGAAACAAUUGAUGGAAGAAUUACUGAAACGUAUCCUAGAUAGUAACAAGCGAGUUCAAGAAGCUGCAUGCUCUGCAUUCGCAACCCUCGAGGAGGAAGCUUGCACUGAGUUAGUUCCGUAUUUGAGUUUCAUCCUUGAAACGCUGGUGUUCGCCUUCUCGAAAUAUCAACACAAGAAUCUACUCAUUCUAUACGAUGCCGUUGGCACGUUGGCAGAUUCAGUUGGUCAUCACCUGAACAAACCGGAAUACAUAGACAUAUUGAUGCCCCCAUUGAUUCAAAAAUGGAAUAUGCUCAAAGACGAUGACAAAGAUUUGUUUCCACUACUGGAAUGCUUGUCAAGCAUUGCAACCGCACUUCAAUCUGGCUUUCUACCAUACUGCGAACCAGUCUACAAUCGAUGCAUAUCGUUAAUUCAACAAACGAUCAACCAGGACAUGGUGAACAAUUUGAAUUCGGGACAAUAUGAACAACCGGACAAGGAACGAAUGAUCGUCGCACUUGAUUUACUCUCUGGUUUGGCUGAAGGUCUCGAUGGACACAUUGAAUUGCUGGUGGCGAAUAGCAACAUCAUGACGCUGCUGUUUCAAUGUAUGCAAGAUGUUAUGCCGGAGGUGCGGCAAUCGUCCUUUGCACUGUUGGGCGAUCUGACAAAGGCGUGCUUCCAACAUGUAGCGCCGUGUAUGCAAGACUUCUUUCCGAUUCUCGGUCAAAAUUUGAAUCCGGACUUUAUUUCGGUGUGUAACAAUGCAACUUGGGCCAUUGGCGAGAUAUGUAUGAAAUUGGGUGAAAAUACUCGGUCAUUCAUACCACUCGUUUUGAGCAAAUUAAUCAUCAUCAUCAAUCGUCCGAAUACGCCGAAAACGCUGCUCGAGAACACAGCAAUAACAAUCGGUCGACUAGGUUAUGUGUGUCCUGUUGAAGUGGCGCCCUAUUUACAAGAAUUUGUACGACAGUGGUGCACAUCACUUCGUCACAUACGAGACAAUGACGAAAAGGAUUCAGCUUUCCGAGGAAUGUGUCACAUGAUAACCGUAAAUCCAGUCGGAGUUGUUCCGGACUUUAUAUUUUUCUGUGAUGCCAUUGCUUCAUGGGCAAAUCCACCUACUGACUUACAUCAGAUGAUUCAAAAGAUAUUGCUCGGUUUCAAAACCCAGGUGGGUGUAGAAAAUUGGCGAAGCUUUGUUGACCAAUUUCCAGCAAAUUUAUCAGAACGAUUGGUUACCAUGUAUGAAAUCUAAUAAAUUUGACAGGAUUAAGACAACAAAAUGAAAUUUAAAGCAUCAUCUUUAUUUGCAAGUCAUUGGUAAUGUUUUAACAACUUUUAUUACAUCCUCACAUUGAUUAACCAACUCAAUGCCAAAAUAUGUUUUUUUUUCAACUAACUUCACGAUUUAGAUCAAAUUAUUUAUUUAAGUAAAUUUUUUUUUGCAGUCUUAAUGUAAAUACCUAUCUAUCUAUAACCAAAUUUCGUAUAUUUUUUUUAUAAUCAAAUGAAAGUAGAACGCAGGAUAAAAAUAUUAGUAUCAGAGCCGUAUAAUUGUAAAUUUUUUUGUUUUUCUUAAUUGGUUCCCUCGGUUAAAACAAUUUGACAUUUUGAAUGGUUUGGGUACAGUUUAGAUAAGUUUCCUUAUAGAUGCCCACUACCCACAUCAACACAGAUUUAUUUCGAAAAAUUUCUUUACGAAGUUUAACAAUCGAAAGAGAAAAUGUGUCCAUCAUCAUUGUCAUAGGGUUUAUCACUUUUGUCUUUA